UGAGCAGUUUAAGUUUGCUUUUUUCCUAAGUCAGAGUUUUGAAUUUCAGAAGGCUAUUGGCCAGUUCAGAGUAUCCCAGCAAUGGGGACGAAAAGACGAUCUAGAAGAAAAGUGUAAAUAUACUGUUUAAGGGCAAUUGGUGAAGCUUUGUAUGCAAGCGCCUUCGAUAGAAUAUCCUUCAGCAUAAACUAAUCUUUCUUUGGAUUAUUCAUUGUCAAUCCAUCAGGGAAGCAGCCGUUGAAAUGACAGAAAACCCAUUUUUUGCUUACGUUUUCUCUCUGAUGGGACUAUUUCUGUUAACCAGCAAAGGAAAUUUCACCGAACGCAUUUCUGGAGGUCACAGAGCUGAACCCAACGAUUUUCCUUGGAAUGUAUUCCUAGAAGUUAGUAACAAAGAUGAAAUUGGGAGUUGUGGUGGUUCAAUUAUAUCUAAGAGAUGGGUACUUACAGCCGCACACUGUAUUCAACCCUUUGAUAAUAUAAGCGUAUCUUUCGGAUCGACAGAUACUUCGAAGUUCCCUCAUAAUAUAAAAUCCCAUGAAUUUAUUGUUCACGAACAGUACAGUCCUUCGCCAUUGAGAAAUGAUAUCUCCUUAGUCAAAUUGGAAAAGGAUGUAAAAUUUUCAUCAGGAAUUCAACCUGUUAAAUUAGUACCAGUCAGUGAUAGUAAGAAUGAUUUCAUCAACGUCGUGGCCAUUGUUAUGGGGUUUGGAUAUAGCAGUCAUGACUUUAAGUUGGGAACUGACCUCCUUUACACACAUGUGAAAAUCGUACCCAGUUCACACUGCGUUGAUUUUCCAGAGAGUCCUGAAUUGUCAAAGAUUAUUUGCACAGAAGGAUACAAUACGAUGUCGGAUGGUACGUGCGCUGGUGAUUCAGGAGGAGCACUGGUUGUUAAGGACCAUAAUGGAGACUAUGUUCAGAUUGGAAUAACUUCAUUUGGAGCCGAUGGAUGUGCACUGAACUCUUCGUCAGGAUAUACACGAGUGGGAUCAUACCUGGACUGGAUUCAUGAGAAAACGGGUAUUUAGAUGGUGUCGUAUAAUGCUAGUGCAAGAUUGUGUAAAAUGUGAUUGUUGGCUGAACAAAAGCUGUUUGAUUUUAGGUCUCUAAAAUUCUGUGAUGCAUCUGUAAUUUAGUGGAUUGCUCAUGCAUGCUAAACAUUCCCUUUUACAAUUGGGAAAAACAAAAACAUGAACUAUUCCAACUAUACUAUAAAAAUAUGAGUUCUGCUGCUGGGUCAGUUUGGUUAGAUAAAAUGCACCCAAUUGUCCACAAGUCUAAAAUUAAAUAUAGCAGCAGAACAGUAAAAUACAAAAAAUGUUCGCAAUUGUUUCUUUGAAUUGUAGCGAAGAAAGUUAUAAGUUUCAAUAUUCGAGGAAGAAGUUUCAAAAUAAAAUGA